AUGGAGGAAUCCUCAUUGGUGGAAAAAGGGAUGCCUAUGGAUCAGAUGGUGCAACCGCUGGUGAAAGCAGGGAUCACGGUGGUGCCUCCCCGGUUCAUUCAGCCUGCGGAAAGCCGUCCAGGGCCCCCAGUCGAAGCAAACGGAUCUCAAAUUCCCGUCAUUGACAUGUCAGGACUGUACGACGAAAGACGAAACCAGGUUCUGGCCGAAAUUGCCCACGCUUGUCAAGAGUGGGGUUUUUUUCAGGUCAUAAACCAUGGGGUAUCACCAGCUUUGAUGGCUGAUAUUCUAAUGGUUACAAAAGAGUUCUUCGCACUGAGCCAGAAGGAAAAGGAAGUGAACGCUAUGAAACCUGGUGCUACUGUCGGCUAUGGGCGCCUCUUUGAGACCAAGAAUAGUGUUGCCAAUUGGAUUGACCGCCUUGUCAUGUGGACGUAUGGUGAGAAGCAGAAACUCGCUGAGCCUUGCAUGCCAUUAAAGCCCCAACGACUCGGAGAAGUGGUUGAUGCGUACUCAAACGCAGUUUAUCAGCUUUGUAAACGACUCAUCGAGACUCUAGCUGUAAUGUUGGGUCUGGAACCUGACGUUUUGGGAGAACGCUUAAAUGUUGAAGGUCUGGGAAUAAGAACUUCCUGCAACUAUUAUCCUCCAUGCCCACAACCAGAACUCGUGCUAGGUCUCACCCCCCACUCGGACUCUAGCAUCUUCACUGUACUGCAACAAGAUGGAGAUGUUUUUGGACUAGAAACCCUGCAUAAUGGGCAAUGGUUCCAGGUUCCCCCACUCAAGAAUGCUUUCGUAAUCAACGGUGGAAAUCAAUUGCAGAUUAUUUCCAAUGCAAAAUACAAGAGUGUGAUGCACAGGGCGCGGACUAAUACGCACGUCGGAAGAUACAGCUUCCCCAACUUUCUGCUUCCCUCAGACCAGACUGUCAUUGAACCGUUUCCAGAGUUCCUGUCCGAAGCAAACCCCCCGCUGUACAGGUCUUUGACCUUCGCCGAAUACGUCAAUGGGUUCCACUCCAUGCCCUUUGCAGGGGGGCGCCACAUUGACAACUUCUUGCUCACGCGCCCAGAUCAAUGACAGUACGUUUCCCUCUAAAGUAAAUUUAGUAUCACCUAAUUUUUAUAGCUAGAUCUUAUCCACUUUAGGGUGUUGUCCCUUGUCUUUCAGUUCACUUCAGAGGCUCACUAACUCAAUGGGUCAUGCAGUUGGUUCGAUAUAAGAGGAUUUUUGCGGCUCAUGUAUAUGCAGGUCCAUGACGUAAUUAGUCCGAUUUGUUUUUAGGCAUCAUAGGUACUGAUUUUUCAUCGAUUCAGAACUUUUUUUGGCAUGCAAAGAUGCAUCAGAUAUAAUCAUUGCUCUGCCUCUGAGCGCAUCAU